AUGGACAAGACAGGUGAUGUUGGCCAGCUGGCCCAGGCUCAUUUGCUUCUGAAGAAAAAAUUCCUGGAUUCAGAGAAGAAACUUAGACAUGACUACCACUUUCGACAAGGGCUAUCUGAGCUCGAGCGGAGAGCAUGCUCCAUCGUGGAGCGGAUUCGAUGCAAUGAACUGGCCACCAUCUGGAGAUCUGAAUUGAAAGGCAAUUCAGAGCAUCUGUUCCAGGGCAUUGCAUUCGAUCUUGCGAAGGACACAAUUCAAAAAACGCAACUGUGGCGAAUUGUCAAGCGUCUGCCUAAGGGUGCAUUACUCCAUGCCCAUAUCGACGGCAUGGUUGAUAUGGGUUGGCUCAUCGAAACGGGACUGAAUACUCCCGGCAUUCAUAUCAAAUCUGAUACACCCCUUACGUCCCCCGACAGGUUCCGAGAGGCACUCAUUGAAUUUACAUAUCUCCCCGAGCCGUCGCAAGCCGCUAUGAUCGAUAUCUUUUCUCCGUCGUAUACUCCAGGCGAAACGAUGCCACUGACGCGCGCGGCGGAAAUAUGUCCAUAUGGAGGUCAGGAUGGACUAGUAUCCCUACUUGUAUCGCGGGUUACCUUUUCUAUGGAUGACUGUCUCCGCCAUCAUGAAGGAAUUGACAAGAUCUGGUCCCGCUUCGAAUCCAUUUUCCAGAUAUUAGGUGGUCUUACUUUCUACGAACCGAUCUUUCGCCAAUUCGUACAUCGCAUGUGCGCCGAAGCCCUCGCCGACAACAUUCGCUGGAUCGACCUUCGAGUGGUCUUCCUUGCACCAUUCCAGCUCGCCAAUGGAACAGCAGGCGGAUUUCUGGAUCUACUCCGCGUAUUCGAAGAAGAGCUGACCAGAUUCCAGUGUUCGGAAUCAGGAGCAUCAUUCUGGGGAGUUCGGAUCAUCUGGACGUGUCAUCGUCGUCAGGAUGACGAGUUCAUUCGGCGCGAUAUGGAGAAUUGCCUUGCAGCCAAGGCCCAGUUUCCGCAUCUGAUUGCAGGCUACGAUCUUGUCGGCCAAGAAGGGCUGGGUCGCACCCUGGAGGAACAUCUAUCAUCUCUUCUGUGGUUCCGACAGGAAUGUAAAAACAGAGGGCUGGAACUUCCUUUCUUCUUCCACGCGGGCGAGGUGCGAGGGGAUGGAGACUGUCAUGAUCUAAAUCUUCUGGAUGCUGUACUGUUGGGUACAAAGCGGAUCGGACAUGGAUAUUCACUGUUCCAACAUCCGUUAAUAAUCAACGAGGUUAGGUCUCGGGAUAUCUGCGUUGAAGUGUGUCCCAUAAGCAAUGAACUCCUCCGACUGAAUGGCAGUGCCUCUAGCCACCCAGUGCCGGCACUGUUGGCAAACGGGGUGGCUGUGGCUUUGUCGAGUGAUACUCCGGGAGUCUUUGGGCAUAUUGGGACCCGCGUCAGCUGUGAUUUCUGGCAGAUAUUGAAUAGCUUUGAUGCGGUGGGGUUGGAGGGCCUCGGUGACAUAGCAGAGACAAGCAUCCUGUAUGCUGCGUUUGCGGAUAGUCGUGGAUGCUGUGAGGAGAUGGGCCGGCAGGCAGGAGCUGUUCGCAAGACGCGGGUUGCUGAAUGGCGGGGCGAAUGGCUCGACUUUUGCAAGUGGAUUAUUGCAGAGUAUGAUGAGCAGUUUCCGUAG